CAUCAUGGGUCUAGUCAGUAACGCGUCGACUGCCGAACGGACCGCUUGACUAUAUCUACAGCUUUUCCUGUUAUGUUAAAAUCUAUCGUGAAUUUAUCUGCUUCGCUGUCAGCAAAAAAUCGUAUAGCAAGAAUGACGAGCGUACACAGCGCGUACAAAGACGAGGUGCAUGACGUGCCUAUGUCGGUCAUCAUCAGGCCUUUCAUCCCGGAACUCUCGGAAGAAAAGGUGCAGUCGCUCAUGGAGACGAUACAGAAAGAGGAGGAAGCAGGCAACGUGCCUCCUAUCGACAUCCUCUGGAUCAAGGGUUCGGAAGGCGGCGACUACUACUACAGCUUCGGCGGCUGCCACAGAUACGCGGCAUACAAGCGCCUGAACCGGCCCACCAUACCUGGCAUAUUGAUCAGAUCUACCGUUACUGACUUGAGAACUUAUUUGGGUAGUAGUACUCCUGACUUGAAGUAAUGUAGUUUGGGAAGUAAAGUAUUUCCAUCUAAUGCCAGCAUUUAAAAUUCUGUUUAUAAGUAGAUUAUUUGCGAACAUUUUGAUAUUAGGUAGGUACCUAAUCUUGUGAUGAACUUAAAAUGAAAUCUUAUUCAGUACCUAUGCAAGUUUACCAAUAUGUAUUUAAUUACAAAACGCUCUGAGUUAUUAAUUGCUCCGUAAAAUAACAUUAGAACAUACCUUUUUACAGAAGAAAUAGUAGCAACUGCAAUAAGCUGCGAUUUUUUGAAUGAUGAAUAAACUAUAAAAAUGCUUAGCAGUAAUAAAGUAUAUCAGAAAUAUUAUGUAACAGGUGGGUACUUACUAUGUGAAGAUCAAGUUAUUAAUUAUUAAGUUUAGUUUCAUAAGCAUUUGUACAGAUUUAAGAUAAGAAUUUAUAACGACUUCCUGUAAACGGAUGUCAUUACUACAAAAAGUAGAAAGUAGUAAUUUAUUAAGAUUUCUAUUAUUAAUGGUCGUUAAUUCUUCUGUUAUAUCUUUGAAUUAUUUUUAUAGAUAGGUAAAGUAUGUUCAUUUGUACUGCUGCUUAGAUCAGCGGGACCAAGACUUCGUUUGUAAUGUAAGGACAGGCGAGUAAAUUAAUGAUUUCCUCCAACCUUUGUCAAUAUUUCAUGUUACACUUACUUGUCUAAGUAAACGACGCUCUGUCAAUCAGACCAAAAUUAACAACACUAUUUGAUAUUACUUGUAUGUAUAUUUUUGUUACAUAUUUAUAUUUUAAUGAUAAAAUAAAACAAAUAAAAUUUC